GCUUCCAGUUUGCGCGGCCGGCGGUGGUGUUGAGUUUCUUGGACCAGAUGAUGGUUACGCCCCCCGUGCUGGCGGCGAGGGCGGAGACUUUGCCGUCUGUGAUUUGCUCGUCCAGUUCGCGGAGGAAAGAGAGCGCGACGGCGUGUUUAUUCUCGUUGAAGCGCUUUUUUCGCUCGAUGAGCGCUUUGUCUUUCCUGGCGGGGACGGCUUUUCGGGGGGAGCCUGUUGUGAGGUCUUCGGGGUUCGGGACGAGAUUGAGGGGACGAAGGGGUUUCUGGGGGGAGAACUCGUCGUUCCAGUCGUUGACUACGUCAGCUUUCCAGAAGUCGUCUGUGCUCGGGCUGUGGGUGGCGCUGGGAAUUCUAGGGGCCUUUUUGGGCGAGACGAGGGUCUUCUUUGGGCUUGUUGGGGGUGUUGUGAAGAUGGUUUUCUUGGCUGGUUUGCGACUUGCUUUGCUGGUUGGUGGGUCGUAGCUGAGGAUCGGACAUUCUUCCUCGAAGUCUCCAGUCGAAUUUUGGUCCUUUUCGGUGGGGAAUAGACGUCUUGUAACUGGACGUGGCACUAUACUUUCUUCCUUGGUAUCGUCAUCGCUCCAGUCGAGAUGUAUAGCUUGACUUUGCUUUUCUUUCGGUGCGUCAGAUUGUGACGACGUAUCUGACCGCCUUCGUCGCACCAAUUUACUCACAGACUUCGGUGCUGGUACCGGGCUGAGAUCAUCCUCCUCGAACUCCUCCACCGAUGAAUCGUCGCUCACGAUGAAAUCGGACAUGUCGUCCACCUCAUCCUCAACAACCGAAUCGUCUUCCACUGGAGUCUCGGCUCGUACGAUAGCAGCAGGUUUCGUCGUCCUCACCCUCCUUGUCCUCGUAUCAACAACAGGCGAACCCUCUUCAGCCCGCACAACAGCAACAGGUUUCAUCACCCUCCCCCUGCGCGGUCUCGGUUUCGCAACAUCAUCUUCUUCCUCCAGUUGUAGUCCUUCCAAAUCCUCCACCACCUCGCCUACCUCCACAUCAUCGCCCAGUGCCUGCUCAACCGCCGCUUUUCCCGUCCUACGAAGCAUCCUAAUCUCCUCAUUGCCCUCCUCAAUCCUAUCCAUGCUGCCCUCAAUCCUAUCCAUGCUGCCCUCAAUCCUAUCCAUACUCCCCCCAAUUCCAUUCACACUCUCUUUAAUGCUCUCCAACUGUCCCAGUAUGUCCGCCACCAUCGCACCCGCCCGUGGCUCCUCCGCCUUCUUCUGGUUCUCCUCUACGGUCCUCCCCAUCUUCCUCGCGUUCCUCUGUGUCGCCUCCUCUUUCGCAGAUUCCACAACACCUACAGCCACGCCCCCAGAAGCAGAGGCAGAUACCAGCCCCGACGAAGCCGCUUUCCGCCUUCCCUUCCGUUCUUUCUCCCUCCCCACCUCCUUCCCAAGCGGUCGCAAGAGGGGGUUAUCAGACACCCCAUUCAACACCCUCCUCCUCGGCUUACCCUUCUUUAUCACCUCCGUCUCUUUUGCGCCAUCUUUUAUCGUCUUCCUCCCAUCUCCUAUCGUCUUAAGCUCCUUGGCCCUAAAAAUCGUCCCCAGCUCAGGCAGUUCAUCCUCGCUAUCUUCAAUCACGAUCGCUCGGCGCGCCAUGGUUUUGUCCAGAUGUAAUAAUUCCCUCGCAGCUCGUUUGCUGCUCUGUCCUGCCGUCUAUAAAUACAGAUUGUCGGUGUCGUAUGAGUGUCGCUGAUUGAAUUUCUCGAGAUAAUCGUCGUCGUCGUCGUCGAUCAAUUGGUGUUUACGGGUAAAGUUGUUGGUGGGGCAACGGGUGUGAUGAGCUAUCGCGAAGCUCUGUUGCACAGGAGGA